AUGCCUGAAAUCGUGACAGAAUCAUGUUCUGAAUACGUCCGAUCUUCCGGCCCCAACGCUAUCAAAGCUGCUUUCAAAAAGAGCAAAGGUACUGGUCAUGCCUUCUACGCUACUGGCAUGAGAAACGUUACCGAACUUGCCUUUGAAUCUCAGUCGGGGGAUGAGAAGCCCAUCGUCCGCAAACAGUCUACGAGGGUUUCGUUUGGAGAUAUCAUGGCGCAGGCUAGAGGUACCCACGAUGUUGUGACACAGGAGAAGAAGAAAGGAGAUAAAACCAAGAAGGAGAGACCAUAUGCACGAGCAGAUACACCGCAUUUAGGAGCGCCGGUCGGUGCAUGUGGUUCGCUGAAAAUGAAUCGUGCUUCGGAGGCCUCAGGAUAUGGUAACCAGUAUCAACUAGAGAACCCUCACAUUUCGCAUCAGCCACUUGGAAUUAUAGACACCAGCCAACUUCCUGCUCUUCUUUCCAUGAGCAGGCGCAAUCACCAGACAAAUCAGUCUGAGGUCUCCUUGUGCGAUCACAAGAACUUUGUCAUCUACUGGGAUCCUGAUGAUCCUUGUAACCGCAAUGGUUCCUUCAUCGCCAGAAUCGCUGACUGCGAAGAAACGUUUCAAACGGCCCAAGCGACAGGGCACUACCGCCGGAAAGAUGUCAAUGUCGAAAAAAUGGCGAUAGAGAUGGCCACUGAGAUUAUCAACAAAUUCAACAAGGAGGAGAAUGAAUGGUUGACUGGUCAAGAUCGGCAACGCAAAUUCAAGGAGCCACGACGACUGCCUACUCACAGCAUUCUCCUACGAGAAGUACACAACAUGUACUCCCAGCUCUUUCGUAACAAGCAUAGUCAGCUGGCCAAGACUAAAGAGGCUCUUCGCAUGAAGCUUGGUGCAGGCGAACGGCGUAAAGAGCUCGCUGAGAAGACCCAACUGGAGGCUCAGCGGUCACGUCAAUGCUGUGGCACCGCAAAGGCUCGCAACAACAAUAACCUAGAAGGCAGUGACAAGCCAGACUCAGCUUCGGACUCAAGCCCUUCUAGAGGGAAGAAGAAGACCCCCAAGCAGAUUGCUCGGGAGAAGGUAGCUCGAAACAAGGAGCGUAGGGGCAUGACCGAGAUUGCCAGGAUCUGCGCUGAGCCAUUGGACCGCUUUAAGCCAUCCACGGUUGAAAAGCAGCAAGCUCAGGAGGCUCGGGCCAGGAAGCAGGUUCGACGAGAACGCGCGACCAAGUCCAAGUUCUCGCAAAAGUUGAAAAGUUUCGUAACCGUUACCGACGCUGAAGAAGAUGACGAGACUGCUGCUACUAGGCGAGCAACGAAGGCUACGCGUCGCCCAGCUAGGCGCAUUUCCGACUCUGACAAUAAUUGUAGCGAAGAAGAAGUGGUCAAGAAGCGCAAAUUUGCUACGAAACUAAAGUCACGACGCAUGACCAGGGGAGAUCGAGCUCUACUCGCUAGCAUCGCACAAGCGGAGCAAGAAGAGAGAGAAAAGUACACUCGUGCCGAAACUGAAGUAGCCCAGGAAGAGACAUCCGAACCUGAGCCUGCGCUUAGCAAGGCACAGAAGGAAGCAGCGUUCUUCGCCGACAUCGCAGCAAUCGAACGCGCACAACUCGCCGCUCACGAGAAGUGCAAGUCGGUCGUAGUCGAUGAGAGCAUCGCGGAUGUUAGGGAUGAGAAGAUUGACGGAUAUACGGAAGUGGUGGAAGCGAGGACGACAGCUAUGCUCGUUGAACCGCUUGCUGAGAAGAUUGAGCAUACUGCCAAUGUUGGAGACAAAUCAGAACUGCCGCCGCCUCCCAUGCAGACGCCAAAGUUGCCUACGUCUUCAGCUUCACGAGUUUCAAAACGGAAGAACUCUUUCCCUGAUGCUGGGGAGGAACUUUCAUCAUUCUCGACUCCGCCUUUCUCGCGACCAAUCAAGAAGGCGAGGCAAAACGACUUCUUGAAAAACAUUGUGCCCACUGUAGAGCAGGACCGGAAGUCGGGUACGCCGCCUGCUAUUGCAGUAGAAUCUGUGAAGGAUUCUAUGGUUGUUAGGGAAAUUUUCAGCAAUGAUUAG